AGCCGUACUCCCUCUUCUUUUAUCGGUGGCAGCUAUAACGACCAACGUUGCUUUCCCGAUCAAUCAUCGAGUUUGUGCGUCUUAAAUUAAAGACCAGCAAAACAAGAACCAUGAAGCCUCAUUCUACUUCGUCGUCCUCUUCGUGCUUCUACCAUUGCUCUUCAGCUGUUGGUAUGCCUUGCAAAUCGAUGUAAUCUGGGUGCGUUCUUCAGGCGGAUGAACUUCCGAUACUCAUCUUGCAUCCCUUUUUCUCGAAAAUAUGUAUUGCAUGACUACAAAAACAGGAUAGAAGUUUUUCACUGUUGUUUGCAGAAACGCAGUUUGUAAGGUGUGCAAAGUAUCUUCGGACAAUGACAGAGCAUGAAACAGGUUCACCAUGCUCGCCUCCACUUGGAAGUGUUGGCUCAAUCAUCCAUAGUUCAGCAUUAGAAAUAACUAAAAUUUGUUCCAGGCCCAGACAUCUUUGCAUUUGAUGGUCGGGCGAGCAGCGGCCACCGGGCGGCCAUGCACGAACAGGGGAGGUGGUCCUGCACAGAGGAGAACAAUUGCGCGGACGUUUAGCAGCUCACAAAGUACAUGCUCGGCUCCUAGUGCUCGCACGGGAUGGCCAGCGUCCUUCACACAGCCACACACUCCAGCGAUUUUGUUCAACCGCCAGCAGCGGCGGCAGUUGUAUCAAGGUUUAGCUGGGAAAAAAAUCAACCGCGUAUGCAUUUUGCAAAAGUAUCGCACUCGUGCCAAGACUAAUUGUAGCUAGAUCUGCGUGAAGUAGACAAAGCUGCUCCUUCCGAACCCUAAGCUGAUGAAACUGCAUAUACAAACUGAAAUUCUCACUCUGAGUCAUAGUACGAGACCUACAAUACUUUUGCAAUGCAUACUGCACCCCCUUCGGCAACAAACUCCUCCUAAAAGAGGUGGAGCAGAAGCCGGUGCACUGGGUGUCGGUAAAGUACGAAAAAGACCGAUACGCGAAUUACCUGAAAAAGUCCCAGGCGGACAUUGGAGGCUUGUUUUCAUCGGAGGAAAGAAAAGAUUUACUCCAAGAAAACUACCCAGGAGGGACCGUAGUUGGCCAAAACAAGACCGAAGCUGGCGGACUGUCAGGAGCCUCAGGGUCGAAUAAAAAUGUGAAGGUCAACGAGGCGCUGCGGGUAUACCGGGCCUUGCGACCAGACGCGCCUUCGUUUUAUAUGCAGAAAAAAAGACUGUUUAGCGUACCUUCAUGAUGCGCACGCAACAUCACGCGAGAUAAAGGUGCGGUCAGGAAUAAUAAAUUGUAGGUGUGUCCAUUCAUGCAUGUUUUCGCAUACUAUGCAUCUGUUCGGUUUCUCCAAGAAAUUCACACGUACGCACAUUUUUUCUUGGAUAUUGUACGAAGAGGACGCCAUGUAUCGCUUGCAAGCCGCCAUGAACAAGGCUGCGAAGGAAGAUCUUGAGCAAAGCUCUGCCGUGUCGCCGUUCUCCUCCUCAACUGCAGCUGACGUAAAAGAGGUGGGGGUCGUCGUAGAAGAAGAUGCGGUGCCGACGACAUUUUCCGGUGCUACUGAAUCGCAACUCUUGCAGAAAUUAGCUCCAGCAGAGGGGGACGGGGAAAGCGAAAAAUGCGGAAAAGUAGCAGACCAUCCAGGUCCUCAACUACACGAAGAAUCUACUUGUUUCCUUGGGAAGACACCCGCUCCGGUAACAGAAACGGGUAGACUAGCAUCGGACACUCCAGCUGGAGGUGUCGCUUCUAUUGCAACAACUACCUGUGGCCACACGACCUUCCCCUACAAUCCCCUCCUCUCUGGCGCACUCGCAAGUACUACAGGAGGUGGUGACACGAACACGUCGUUAAUGGCAACUACAACGGCAUCCACUGGUGCACUGACAACAGCACAGACCUCGUCCGGUUCUACCUUUCCAAUCGCGUCUUCCGGCUACCUCCCGACUAUUAACGCUGACAGCUACGUUAUGAGAGUGCAAAACUCAUCCCCCUCCCCCUGAUUUGUAAUAUCGAAUAAACCGCAAUUAUACAAAUGCCAGAUCAACAUCAUCUGGAGCCUGUGUGUGGCAAUGAAUUCACGCGCCUUGUUGCGUAGUUGCUGUUCGGGAUUCCAUCUCCAGAAAUUGUCAUGCAAAUACCAGUGCAAGAUAAAGGAAGCGCACCAAUUGGAUUUGGGAUUUUGCACAUGGCAAAUGAGGGCAUCCGGGGACCACGAGUUGUGAACUCUCAUACAAGUGUUCGCCCUAGAGGCGCUAAUGGACGAUCUGGCGGAUGACUUGGAAACGAUCUACUGCAAAAUCUUCCUCGGUUUAGAUGAUGAAAACCUGCACCUGCUGCAAGAGCAGCUGAACCUGGAGCGCUACGAGAAUUGCGGAACGGACGAGAUAAAUGCGACUUCCGCCCUACAGACUGACGAAAAAUUCCGAAAUGUCAUGGAGGAAAGUGAUACGCUGUUGAAGAGUUUGCAAGGAAAGAAAGGUGGAGAUGACGGCAGUGGAGAUCAAAAUGGCGCCAGUACCACUGACGCAGAUACAACUUUAGAAAGCGACGAUAUGGAAGCGUCAGGUUUGAAAUCGUCAAAGUUGAAACGAUUUGUAAUGCAUAAAAUGCAUGACCCGAGGUACGGGCGUUGCAGAGCAGGCAAGUGAGGCCGAUUGUAAGCCUGUUUGGGGUUACAGCUCGAGCUGCUAAAGUAGCAUGAUAAAAUCGCUCUUCUUUGCCUAAACAGCAUGACAAACUGGAUUUAAGGGCCACCAAGAUUUGUCAUGCGCCACUUGGAAACUGGGUUCCAACCGGCAUCCAUUUCAUGCAUGACAAAUUAUUUCAACUUUGCCGAUUUCAACUCUGACACAUCCAUAGACGAGGGCUCUUACGACCACCUCGAUGGAAUGGAGGUCGAGGGUGAGACAGACGCUGCCGGCUUUCUUUCCACGGCCUCGCGACACGCCGCGCAGCAGCUGAACCGCUUCAGGAAGCAAGAGCUCCGGGAACUAAACGAGAUGAAACACUCGCCGCGAGACCGGCUUCAGAAAUUGGUGCAGCGCAUGGCAAACUUUUUCCAAUUGCCCAAGGACCCCACAAAAGUCGCGGAAUUUGUGGAAUUGCACUGGGAUAGAUGCUUCACACACUUGCUGGGACCGGAAACGGUGUUGAAUUUCUCGAAAAAAGACUUCACCAAAUUUCUCGAAGGACACUUAGAUCGGGUCCUGCAGAACCGGAGAUUGAAUGGGGACCGUCUCCGGUUUCAGGCAAAGAAUAACGUGCUGGAAAAUGCGUUCUACGCUUUCUCCGAGGAUUUUCUGUACGAUAACUCCCCACUUUAUGCAACACAAAAUCGCCCCCGCGGCUACCGCAGCCGUUUACACGUGGAACAUGCAGCGUCACAGGUUUUCCCACCAAAUGAGGUUAUGCCAUUUUGGUUCAAUCAUGCUAAACAGGCUUGCAAAAUGCAUAUGUAAUAUAGAUUUUUCAUGCAGAAACGACAUUUGUUGCACGUGUACGACGAUUUUUCUGUGGAUACCUUGCCGUCAAAGCUGGUCGACGAGCGGAACCUUGUGGCUGACUUCCCCGUGGAGGAAAUGGGGGAAAGGUUUGCGGAUAUGGCGUUCUCAACUGAUACAUUCUCAACUGUUACAUGAAUUUGUGACGCAAGAAUGGCAAAAGUGAAAGGGGUGACCUUGCGCGUCUUGCAUGACAGAUCUGGCACAGAUUCCGAGCCUGUUUGACUCUUCGAGAAUUUGUCAUGCGAAGCAGCUUGAUCGCGUCGGUUUUGGCUGUGCUUUUGCAUUACAAAUCAUGUAACAGUUGAGAAUGUAACAUUUGAGAACGCCAUAGCGGAAGUCUUGAGGUUAUUUGCGGGCCUGGGAGAUGAAGUUGUUGGAACAUCAGGAGCCACUUCGACAUCGACUGCUAUUGGAAACCAGUUUCAGGACUUUCUGUUCGCCCUGGAAAAGAUCGGACUGUUAUGAUCCAAGAUCAAAUCACCAUCAAAUCACUCACCCAACCAGCCUGCAUAUUGAUUCAGGCAAUAUUUUUGACACUUGAUUUUGAGCAAAGAGUUGUACGUGUAACAGUAACAGAAUCCGAUUUAUGCAUAGCAUGGUACAAGACAGGUUUGCGGUGGUCGACGUGAAGAUGGUGGUUUCCGUCAGGAUACUUGCGAAGUUGGUUGUAUGGAAAUGUCAGAAUCGAAAUUCGCAAAAUCGAAAAAUUUGUAAUGCAUAAAAUGUAGGGCACGCAUGGCCUGUGUUGGGGAGCAGGCAAAUGAGACCGAGUGCAAGCCUGUUUAGGGGAAGGCGAUGCGCUGCCAAAGUAGCAUGGCAGGAGCAGUCUUCCUUGCCCAAACAGCAUGACAGGCUGGAUUCUGUUGCUCCCGAAAUUUGUCAUGCCCCACUUGGAAACUGCGGCUCCAACUGGUAUCGAGUUUAUGCAUCACAAAUUAUUUCGAUUUUGUUGAUGAUUUCGAUCCUGACACCCCCAUAGGUUGGAAAGCACGGACAUGAUGCAGGAGCUAGAGAUGAAAUUUCCACAGGGCGGUAACGAUAGCACCAGCAGCAGCGGCAGCUCACAAAUGACAGCAGCAGGAACAAAUUCUACCGCAAUGAUGAACCAAGCCAAGGUGCUCCGCGCGAGCAAUUUUAUGUUGAAGAGCGUGAAUCGUGGCAAGACCAAUUUUCUGCAGUUUGAGGCGUGCGACCCGUACAAGAUGCUGCACUCGAUCCCCUGCAUGAGCGUGGAGGAGGAACUAGAAAAGCACGGGAACCCCAACGAAAUGGUCCUUGCGGACGCAGAUCUGGAGCUGUGUCUACAGAAGUAUUUGAUAAAGCAGAGAGUAUUGGAUCACCAGGACGUCAAAGAUGGCCGCGAACGCGAAGGAACAGUGGAACGAGGCGAAUUCCUGCCGACAACGUCCUCCUCCUCCCCCUCUUCCCCCGCAGCGACACUGGACCAGCUUUUCGCGCACGAGAGAGAAAACCUGUCUAAGCUCACCUCCGGUCCGCUCCAGUUCGACUUUAAGGAAGAAAACUUCCGCUGGAAGGUCCCGGAAAACGUGAUUUUUGACCCGUUGAAGCGGUGCUACGUGAAGCAGCAGAAGGGCGUGGACCCCCUGCUGAAGCUGGACUCCUUUCGCCAGGUGUGCGUGGAACUGCGGCGGAUGGGAGCGAUGUGCCGUGCGGGGCGGCUGUUUUAUUUCCGGGCCAUUGUGCUGGUCGGAAACGGCCGGGGAACGUUCGGCGUCGGCGUGGGUUUCGGCAACACCAGUCAGGAAGCAAGGAAGGACGCGGCGACGAAGGCGCUCUGCAAACUGGAGUUCAUCGACUACGACGAGAAUAGCGGGCUGCUCCCGACUCCGGUGCGGGGCAAGGAGUUUGGGCAGACCGUUACGAUCACGCCCCGGGCCAUCGGUCGGGGCCUGCAGUGCAACAAGCGGUUCCUCCCGCUGCUCUACAUUCUGGGGCUGGACAACGCAAAGGUCACCUUCAAGGGAAAUCAGUGGUUCUCCCGGGUGAAGGCGAUCAAGCGGGCGGUGUCCCUGAUCUACAGCCGGAAGACGCUGGCAAACUCCACGGGGCAGCGGUACGCGCUGCUCACGUCGCCGGGGGACCACUGGGUGCACUGGCCUGACCGGUGGUUCGACAAAAUCCGGGAGUCCUACCUGUCGAAAUAUAAGGCGGCGAAGCUGUAAGAAACGGAAAGCUGGUUGAUACUUCCACCGUGUUUCUUUUUACUACGCGCACAAAUAGGAUGAAAUACGUCGCAUGUUGAUGAAUCAUCGAUGAUUUUUUUUAUUUGGGAGGAGGAACUUUUUCAGAAUCAGAAGAAUAAAGUUAAAGAUCCUCCACUUCACAACUUGUGCCAUGCAGAAGUUCUUCACUUAGACUGUUGGCAAAGCAACCAUUUGUGAUGCGUCUGGUACGGCUGCGGGAGACAGACAAGUAUCGAAUUUUGCACCCGCAUAAGCUGGUCCGGAAGCAGAUCUUGCAUUUCAAGCACCGCGGGAACACCAUUGCCCACGCCGGGGAGCUGAAACCAGGUUGGACAAAGCACGCCUGGAUGAACCCCUUGCAAAAAUGGAUGCGGAAAGACCUGCAGGCGAACCGCUUUGCGUACAACUUGCGAGCGGGGCCGGGCGGGGGAAGCGCGACAAUGAUGAACCAGGGUGGAGGAGGCGGCGGAGGGGGUCUUGCUCAGCAAUAGGGCAAGAAGUUGGAUGGUCUGUUGAAAAGGCGAUGAAACUAACCACGAAAGACGCUAGUACUAGGUAGUAGUGCAGCUCUUCACUUCUAAAAUCGUGGUUACUUUAUUUUUUGGAGGUGCCUGCGCAUUCUAGUGCGUGAGUUAAAUGACUUCACGCUCGUCAGAGAGCAAUACUCAGCAGCACCACGACGAAGAUGCAGCACUACUCCUGGUGCAUGAAGUGUAACCGAUAUGAAGCAAUACUCAGCAGUGCAACUACCGAUAUAAAACCGUAGAAAAUCAUGGACACGGAAGAUUCUUCCGUGUCCAAAGGCUCUUCUUAGGAGAGCCUUCCC